AUGAAGAGUAAAGUAGUGAAGGAUAUCAUACUGAUUGGUCAUUCAUUCAUUUAUUUGGCGGCAUUGGCUUCUCUCUAUUGGCAGAUACCAGGGCUUUAUGGAGAAAAAGGACUGAUUCCAGUGGCAUCGAAACUUUCUUGUGACAAAUCAUCAUGUCAGUCAUAUCGAAAUGGUGUGAAUAUUUUGCCAAUUGUGAUAAAUUUCUUCUGCAUAGCACCAUCCUAUGCUUUACAAAUUGUUGUUCUGUUCGGAAUAGCGGUUGCUUCCCUCUCCAUAAUGUUCGAGUUAGCGCGUAAUACCAUCUCAUAUCUUCUUUUAUUUGUUGUUUAUUCUACUGCAGUUCAGGUUGGCGAUGUAUUUCUCCAAUUCCAAUGGGACAGUCUUCUUAUUGAGUCUGGAGCAAUAUGUAUUCUCAUAGCACCGUUACCUUUCGUGGGACCUUCACCAGCAGAUAACAUUUCGUUGUACCUGAUGCGCUGGUUGCUGUUCCGACUUAUGUAUGCAUCAGGUGUCGUAAAACUCACCAGCCGUUGUCCUCUUUGGUGGAAUCUCGCAGCAUUGGACGUACAUUUCGAAUGUCAAUGUGUGCCCACAUGGAUUUCUUACUAUGUUCAUAUGGCCCCAAAAUGGUUCAAGCAUUUGUCAACUGCUCUCACACUCUAUAUUGAAAUUAUUUUACCUCCUUUGUUUUUAUUACCAUUCAAAUAUGCACGAUAUUUUUCAUUCGGUCCUCAGAUCUUACUUAUGAGUUUGAUUAUGGCAACGGGUAACUACAACUUCUUCAACCUUCUUAUAUCAGUCGAAUGUGUAGCAGUAUUGGUAGAUUCAGACGAAUUCAAAUUUUCUACAAAGGGCAUAUACCCACGAUUUCAACGUUUAUCGACACAUUUAGGAACAAUAAUGUCAGCUGUUUUGAUAGCAUCAACUUUAUAUUUUUUCGUCUACUAUUUUAAUAUUGAUAUUGAUGGUUUUAAAAUAACGUCUUCAAUUGGAUUCACUAUGCAACAGUUUGACGAAUUUGUUGAAGAGUCGACUGUUUGGUUAUUACAUAUCGGAGUUAUUGGCUUCCUUGCUGAAGUUAUUGCCGCAAUACUGCGGUACUUCACUGAAAUUCAUGAAUCAAAGUUACGUUCAUUACUCCAUCUGGUUUAUGUAAUCAUCAUUGCGAGUUUCUUCUUUUCAAUCAGUACCGUAUCAUUUGUUGUUAUAAGUAAUCGGGGACAAGCACAAAUUCCUACUGUUGUAAAGUAUAUGCACCAUUAUUCGGAGUUUUACGAAUUGACUCAUUCAUACGGAUUAUUUAGAAAGAUGACCGGUUUAUCCGGUCGACCGGAAAUAAUCUUAGAAGGUUCUUACGAACUGAAUGGCCCUUGGACUAUGUUUGAUUUCUAUUCAAAGCCUGGAAAACUCAACGAAAGACCACGAUUCGUAUUGCCGCAUCAACCACGUUUGGACUGGCAAAUGUGGUUUGCUGCUUUAGGAACGUAUGAUAAUAACGCAUUCUUUCUUUCUCUUACUUAUCACUUGUUACGAAAUAAUUCAGAAGUUACUUACCUCAUGAAAAAGUAUCCUUUUGAAGAGAAGCUCCCAAAAUUUAUCCGAGCAGAUCUUUACCUUUAUCAUUAUACCACUAUCAGUUUGAAGAAUAAGUGGCCUAAAGACUAUUGGCGACGUGAUUUCCAGCAAGAAUACAUGCCCUCUAUUACUCGUGAAGAUGCAAAAUUAUCCGACUAUUUGUACCAAAAUGGUUUCGUCCUUGACAAACAGUUUAUAUUAAUGAACCAGGAUUUUAACCUGGAAAACAAAUUGCGAACUCUGCAUGACCUUGUACGAACAUUCAACCCGACCACAUUUGUUGAUUCAGUUAUUCUGGCCCAUGUAGUUUUAUUUGUAGUGUAUAUCAAAUUCAGAAAAGUUACAGUUAUUACCAAUACAGUGAUUUUGUAG